AUGAUACAAACGAAGAAACGGACGGUUUCCGCAACCGAGGGCGCAACCACAGAGAAGCCAAUGAAAAAAGUGAAGAAAGAAGUCCCAUUGAAAGCGGUCGGCAAGUUAGUGGAAAAAUCACAGAAAAAAGACGGUGCUAAACCGGUGGCCGGUAAGCCAGCUGGCAAAUUUCAAAAGAAAACUACACCCGGCGGGAAAGCUGGUGAGCACGAACCCAAAAAAACAUUCGUGGCCAACACACCGGAGUCGAAAAAAGAAUACUGGAAUGGGCUGAAAGCGAAACAGAAGGAACUCCGGCAACAACGCCGCCAGAGCAAGUCGAAAGAUCUUUACGAAUUGAGCGUGAACGCGAAGAAAGUGUACGAAAAACUGAAGCGCAAGGCGUCCGAUGGUAAAGAGGAACUAGUACAAAAACUGCACGAGCUGAUGGGAAAGGAGAACGCGUACGCAAAGAUAGCAACAUCCCACGAUACGGCCCGUGUCAUACAGUGUAUGAUCAAGAAUGCGUCCGAGGAGAUCCGGGAUCAAAUCGCUACCAGUCUGCUGCCGUCGGUUGUCGAUAUAUCGACAUCAAAGUAUGGCCACCAUUGCAUUACUAGCCUGUUUAAGCAUGGCUCGAAGCAACUCUGGGUGCGUGUUGUGGAUGCGAUCAUAAAGGACGUCGUAAAAUUGGCGAACCAAUCAUUCUCUAGCGCGAUUGUGGACGCCGCGUAUAAUGAAUACGCAACGAGCGAGCAGCGCACCUUCAUGCGCCAACCAUUCUACUCCGAGCUGUACAAGCUCGAUAAAGACCGCACGGUGCAAACGAUGAAGGAUUGCUGGAAGACGAACGCGUACAUGAAAAACAGUGUGCUUACAACGGUCAAGGCUCACCUGGUGCAGGCCGCAAAUAAGAAGCUCACGGAUAACAGCCUGCUGCACGCAUUGUUGGCUGAAUUCCUGCAAGAAGCUGCCGAGGUGGAGCGAUCGGAAGUGGUGGGAUUGUACUUGCCCCAUUUGGCUUCCAUCUCUAGUACGCGGGAUGGAACCGAGGCAGCGAUCUUCUGCUUCCUGCAAUCGGUGGUGAAGGACCGACGAGCUGCGUUGAAAGCUUUGAAACCGUACGUAGAAAAACUGUCUAUCCACGAACAUGGUCACCGAUUGAUCAUGUGCAUCCUCAAUUGCUACGACGACACGGUGACCCUGGGGAAGCUCGUGAUCGGGCCAAUAAUGGAGCAGGUAGAAACGAUCGUCGGGACCGGCGAAUGGGGAAGAAAGGUGGUCGGGUGGAUGUUCUCUCCAGCCGAUAAGGAUCUGCUUCACCCGGCCCAGAUCGAUCUGCUGGACGGAUAUCUCGAGCACAGUAAGAAAGACAAGGAAAUUCGCCGCAAGGAGAUCUUUUCUGCCGUCGCGGAAAUUUUCUGCAAGCACGUGGAGAAGAACGCUAAAUUUUGGCUGCGAGGUGGCCACACUGCUCUGUUAACAUCGGCUGUGCUGAAAAAUUACGACGGGAAGCAACUUUCGCGUUUGCACCAAGCCCUGGCAAAACAAGUUUGUGAUUCCGAGUGGAAGGUGCAUGAGAACGAAAUCAGCCUGGACGGAUCGAGUAUAUUGGCCGUGGUGGAACCGAAACCGAAGGACGAAAACGUGAAACCAUCUAACGGUACGGAGCGCAAGAUAAAGAAGCUUAAAAAGAACCCAUUCGAGGAAGAAAAAGCCGCGGCCCGGGAAAAACAACUUGCCGCAAACCCCCUGGUAAAUGGCAUCGAGCACGCUGGCUUACACAUCGCACUAAAGAAGAUGAUCAAACUGGAUCAGGAAAAACGGCAGCAUGCGGGUGAAGCCACUUCGCAGUUUGGACGCGCCGUGAUAGAUGAAUUGACCGGUGAUCAGCUGACAGCGUGGGUAGAACAGAACCGGCCCUCGUUCCUGUUGCUGCUAAUAUUUGAAAACUCCACCGUGGAGGUGCAACAAAUGCUGAAGAAAAAACUAAUUCCACUCAAAAAGGAACUAAAAUCGCAAAAACAUACGGGAGGGAAGUUGUUGAUCGAAAAACUAAAAUUGUAGGGUAGAAUGGGCAGUAUAAUGCGAAUGAAAAAAGAAGAAGAAAUAUACAA